AUGCCCGACAAUACCAACGACAAUAUCGAGGAAGGCACGCAGGUGUACCGACCGGGAGGAUUUCACCCUGUUUAUAUCAAUGAUGUCUUUAAAGACCGGUACAAGGUCCUGAAUAAGAUUGGAUAUGGUGUCUAUUCGACAGUCUGGCUUGUCAGAGACCUACAGCCGGUACAACCUGGCAUUGAAAAUGAGUUCCGAGCUCUGAAGGUGCUCAGCGCCGAGUGUUAUGAUGGCACGCAAGCCCCCAUUUUCGAACGGGAGAUCUUGACUCAUCUCCAGAACGGGGACCGCAAUCAGCUGGGCUACAACCACGUCUGCCAUCUGCUAGAUGACUUUGAGCACCACGGACCUAAUGGAACUCACGUCUGCUUGGUUUUUGAGCUGAUGGGCGAGACGCUACGGAGCUUCGGCGCUUGGUUCAUUGAAAGUAGACUUCCGAACUCGGUGAUGCGCAGGUUCACCAUCCAACUCCUACUGGCGCUUGAUUUUGCUCACGAACAUCAUGUUAUUCAUACAGAUAUAAAACCGGAUAACAUUUUCGUCAAGUUUAGGGAUUUUUCCCUUAUAGAAUCUGGUUAUCUGGCCGAGGUCGCCAUUCCCAAACAGAAUCGGUCCGAGGAACAGUACUCAGUCAUCCCCUCAAUCCCCUUACGCCGCUAUUACUUCAACGAAACUGACAAUACGCGCGUUGCUGAAUUUGAUAUUGCCCUUGGAGACUGGGGCGUCUCCAGCUGGGAAGACCGACAUCUCAGCGAGAUUAUACAGCCUGUAGCGCUUCGAUCUCCCGAAGUUCUAAUACAGGCCCCGUGGGACGCGAGCACCGACUGGUGGAACCUCGGGUGUGUCGUAUUCGAGGUCUUCCGGGCAGUUCGCAUGUUCAGCGGAUCGGCCCCGCCAGACGGCCAUUAUGAGCUCAAGGAACACUUACGAGAGAUUGUGGAUCUAUUCGGGCCAUUUCCUAAGGAGCUUUUAGGGAGAGGAAACAAGGACAUUGUUCAGGACAUAUUUGAUGAUAAUGGCCGGAUCAAGAACUCGCUGCCAAUGAACCGGCCGGGGCUGGCGUCGGAAGCAUUCCUGCCAGGUCUCGACCAAGGCGUCAGGGAUGAGUUCGUCUCCUUUUUGCACGCGAUGAUGAAAAUCAAUCCCACUGAUCGAAUUUCCGCUGAGGACCUCUUGCGACACCCUUGGCUGGGUGCACUUCGGUAA